AUGUCUACCAUUGCUUCUUUCAAGAUACCCAAGGUCUCCAACGAGCCCAAUCAUCAUUACGCCAAAGGAUCUGCGCAGCGGGAAGGCCUCACCGCAGCUCUCGAAGCGCUCCAGAAGAAAGCUCCCCUAGACGUGCCGAUUGUUAUCGGAGGUAAAGCGGUCAAAACGUCCACUAUCUCGACGCAGCAAAACCCAUCGAAUCACUCCUCCACGAUCGCCUCGUACUCGAAUGCCUCCGCGUCAGAUGUCUCGGCAGCCAUCGACGCAGCACUCGCUGCGAAGCCCGCAUGGCAAUCCCUCCCCUUCGCCGAUCGAGCUGCGAUAUUCCUCAAGGCGGCAGAUCUGAUCUCAGGCAAGUACCGCUACCAUAUCAUGGCGGCCACCAUGCUGGGCCAGGGCAAGAAUGCCUGGCAGGCCGAGAUCGAUGCCGCCGCCGAGCUGGUCGACUUCCUCAGGUUCAACGUACAAUAUGCAGAGGAGCUGUACGCGCAGCAGCCGGCGCACCACUCGCCAGGUGUGUGGAACCGCAUCGAGUACCGCCCCUUAGAGGGCUUCGUGUAUGCGGUUUCGCCCUUCAACUUUACGGCAAUUGCAGGCAAUCUCCCCGGGGCGCCGGCGCUGAUGGGGAACGUGGUAGUGUGGAAACCCUCUGACUCCGCGAUUGCGUCGAAUUGGCUCCUCUACAACAUCCUUCUCGAAGCAGGGCUCCCGAAGAACGUCAUCCAAUUCGUCCCCGGGAACCCGGAGGAAAUCACAAGCGUCGUGCUGGCCCACGAGAAACUCGCCGCGCUCCACUUCACAGGCAGCACGGCCGUCUUCCGCAAGCUCUACGGCUCCAUCGCCGAGGGCGUCGCCGCCGGCAGGUAUCAAGGCUAUCCCCGCAUCGUGGGUGAGACGGGCGGCAAGAACUUCCACCUCAUCCACCCUUCUGCGGACGUCGAAAACGCCGUCGUGCAGACUGUGCGCGGGGCCUUCGAGUAUCAGGGCCAGAAAUGUAGCGCCACGUCGCGCGCCUACAUCCCGCAAUCCCUCUGGCCACAGUUCAAGGAGCGUCUCAUUGCUGAAACCAGCGCGCUGGCGAUUGGCGACCCAACCGAGCAUCAGAACUUCAUCGGCCCCGUCAUCCACGCUGCCUCCUUCAACAAACUCGCCGGCGUCAUCGACGCCGCCAAGACGGACCCCGACCUCGAGCUCCUCGUCGGGGGCGCCUACGAUAACUCCAAAGGCUACUUCAUCCAGCCCACAAUCUACGCGUCCCGCAACGCUGAGCACCCGCUCCUCUCCACCGAGCUCUUCGGGCCCAUCCUCACGCUCUACAUCUACGACGACUCGCUCCCCGACGCCUUCGCCGACGUCUGCGCCCUCAUCGACCGCACCUCAGCAUAUGGGCUCACGGGCUCCGUCUUCGCGAGUGACCGCGAAGCCAUCCGGUAUGCGGAGGAGGCCUUGAGAGACGCGGCGGGCAAUUUCUAUAUCAACUGCAAGAGCACUGGCGCCGUGGUAGGGCAGCAGCCAUUUGGCGGCGCGCGGGCGAGCGGCACGAAUGAUAAGGCAGGGAGCUUGAAUCUGUUGGGCCGGUUUGUGAGUGUAAGGAGUAUCAAGGAGGAGUUUGUGGGGGCGACCAGCGUGGGCUAUCCCAGUAAUGAAGUCUGA